AUUCAUUAGGAAGCACAGGGGAAGAGAACAGGUCACCAGCUGCAAAUAAAACAUACCCUUCAGUGGAAAAGAGGUUUAUGGACUAACACAAGAGCCUCUCAAGCACAAUUUCAGGAGGACAGAGAUCCAGAGUCCACAUUUUCUUUUUUCUCUUCUGUGGCAAAUACUUGGCUGAAUAGAGAUGGGCUGGAACAGCAGCACUUCCAUUGGUUUUGUGCUCAUCCUGGCUUUUCUCUCCAUUGUGAAAACAGCAGGUUUCUGGAACAGCAGCACUUCCAUUGUUUUAGUGUUGAUCCUGGCUUUUCUCUCCAUUUUAAAAACAGCAGGUUUCUGGAACAAUGACCGAAGACAGAACUUUCCUCCAGGUCCAAGACCAUUACCUGUAAUUGGAAACCUUCUUUUGUUUGACUUGAAGAGACCUUACAGAACUUAUCUUCAGCUGUCCAAAAUAUAUGGUCCAGUCUUCAGUGUUCAGAUGGGGCACAGGAAAGUUGUAGUGAUUUCUGGCUAUGAGACAGUGAAGGAAGCUCUUGUAAACCAAGCAGAUGCAUUUGCAGAGAGACCUAAAAUCCCAGUCUUUGAAGAUUUGACUAAAGGAAAUGGGGUUGUUUUUGCCCAUGGUGAAAACUGGAAGGUGAUGCGAAGGUUUACCCUGACAGCCUUACGAGACUUUGGGAUGGGCAAAAAGGCCAUUGAGGAUCGAAUCGUGGAGGAGUACGGGCACCUGGCAGACUCCAUCGCCUCCCAGGAAGGAAAUCCCAUUGAUGCCAGCAAAAUAAUUAAUGCAGCAGUUGCUAAUAUAAUUGUGUCAAUACUGCUUGGAAAACGAUUUGACUACAAAGACCCCAGAUUUGUGAAACUUGUAAAUAUGACCAAUGAAAACAUGAGGCUUGCUGGGAAACCUUUAGUCACGGUGUACAAUAUCUUCCCAUACCUUGGAUUCCUCCUAAGGGCUAACAAGGCUCUCCUUCGAAACAGAGAUGAAUUCCAUGAUUUCGUACGAGUUACUUUUGUAGAGAACCUCAAAAACCUGGACAAAAAUGACCAAAGAAGUUUUAUUGAUGCCUUCCUUGUUAAACAGCAGGAGGAGAAAUCCACUACCAAUGGGUAUUUCCAUAAUGGCAACUUGCUAAGCCUGGUGAGCAAUUUGUUUACUGCUGGUGUUGAGACCAUUUCCACCACACUAAACUGGGGCUUUCUGCUGAUGCUAAAGUACCCUGAAAUCCAGAAAAAGGUCCAAGACGAGAUAGAGCAAGUGAUAGGGUCCAACCCCCCACGGAUGGAGCACCGAGCUCAGAUGCCAUACACAGAUGCUGUCAUCCAUGAAAUUCAGAGGUUUGCCAAUAUCCUGCCACUGGAUUUGCCUCAUGAGACUGCUGCAGAUGUCACCCUCCACGGCUAUUUCAUCCCCAAGGGAACCUACAUCAUCCCUUUACUGACCUCAGUCCUGAAAGACGAGUCGCAGUGGGAGAAACCAGACAUGUUCUACCCUGAGCACUUCCUUGAUGCCAGUGGGAAAUUUGUGAAGAAAGAUGCUUUCAUGCCUUUCUCAGCAGGGCGGAGGAUCUGUGCUGGGGAGACUCUUGCCAAAAUGGAGCUCUUCCUCUUCUUCACCAGUCUCCUGCAGAGGUUCAACUUCCUCCCUCCACCUGGAGUUUCCAAUUCAGACCUGGACCUCAGCCCUGCCAUUUCCUUUAAUGUCACCCCUAAACCCUAUAAAAUGUGUGCUGUAGCACGUUCCUAGAGCUCUAAUCCAUUGUGUGCUAAAAUGUUUAAAUCAUUUUUCCAUGGCA